UGCCAAGGGAGACUACGCAAGAAAUGUAACGUACGCCUGUGGGCUGGACCGUGAGUUGGAGAAAGGGAAUGUCGAUCGGUGAGAGAUCGGUUACAGAGGCGGCCGGGAGCGUCAACAGAAUGGCACAACAGAAGAACCUUGAGGGGUACGUGGGAUUUGCAAAUCUCCCUAACCAAGUGUACAGAAAGUCAGUGAAGAGGGGCUUUGAGUUCACUCUCAUGGUCGUCGGAGAAUCAGGUUUGGGGAAGUCUACGCUCAUCAACUCCCUCUUCCUGACAGAUUUGUAUUCUUCAGAGUAUCCAGGCCCGUCUCACAGAAUCAAGAAAACCGUUCAGGUGGAGCAAUCCAAGGUGCUGAUUAAAGAGGGUGGAGUUCAGCUGCUGCUCACCAUCGUGGACACACCAGGCUUCGGAGAUGCCGUGGAUAACAGUAACUGCUGGCAGCCUGUCAUCGAUCACAUCGACAGCAAAUUUGAGGAUUACCUUAACGCGGAGUCACGUGUCAAUAGACGGCAGAUGCCUGACAGUCGAGUGCACUGCUGUCUGUACUUCAUCGCCCCCUCUGGUCAUGGACUGAAACCACUGGAUAUUGAGUUCAUGAAACGGUUACAUGAAAAAGUGAAUAUCAUCCCGCUCAUCGCAAAAGCAGACACACUGACUCCAGAGGAGUGCCAACAGUUCAAGAAGCAGAUAAUGAGAGAGAUCCAGGAACAUAAGAUCAAAAUCUAUGAGUUCCCAGAAACUGAUGACGAGGAGGAGAGCAAGCUAGUGAAGAAGAUCAAGGAUCGUCUGCCGCUGGCUGUGGUCGGCAGUAACACCAUCAUUGAGGUCAAUGGGAAGCGUGUCCGGGGCAGGCAGUACCCCUGGGGUGUGGCAGAAGUGGAGAAUGGGGAGCACUGUGACUUCACAAUACUUCGAAACAUGCUCAUCAGAACUCACAUGCAGGACCUGAAGGAUGUGACCAACAAUGUCCAUUAUGAGAACUAUCGCAGUAGGAAACUGGCUGCUGUCACUUACAAUGGUGUCGACAACAACAAGAACAAAGGUCAACUAACAAAACCUGACACAGUUGAAGGCAUGAGCCCUCUGGCACAGAUGGAGGAGGAGAGGAGAGAUCAUGUGGCAAAGAUGAAGAAGAUGGAAAUGGAGAUGGAGCAGGUGUUCGAGAUGAAGGUCAAGGAGAAGAUCCAGAAACUCAAAGACUCUGAGGGAGAGCUGCAACGGCGUCAUGAACAGAUGAAGAAGAACCUGGAGGCGCAGCAUAAGGAGCUAGAGGAGAAGAGACGUCAGUUCGAGGAGGAGAAGGCCAGCUGGGAUGCCCAACAACGCAUUCUGGAGCAGCAGAAACUGGACGCUUCCAGGACCUUGGAAAAGAACAAAAAGAAAAAGAUCUUUUAAACCACUUGGACCAUCACCGACAUUCAAGUUGCCAACUAUACCAGCCUGGAGCAUCAGUCAGUCUGUCGACCAAACUCAUUCAUUUAUAUAAAAGCCCAAUGAUUGUGUUUUUUUUGUUUUGUUUUUUGCUUUAGUUUUGUGCGGGGAGAUGGAGAGCCUCUGUGUUGCCCCACUGACCUGGAAACACUCAUUGCUGUCCCUCCAUCAUGCUCCGUUUCCACAUUUAAAAAUAUCGGUUCAUUUUUUGCCAGACCUCACACAAGCUGAAAGCGCUUGAUCUGUAACGAAUAAAUACAUACAAACUUCUCAGAGAUACAGUAUGCAAUAUUGUUUGAAACGACAGCCUCUUUAGGAUCAGUUUGUAAAAUUCCUUUCUGCCGAAUGUUUGUUUAGUGUUUUUAGGUCACUUCCUCCUUUACAACUGAAAUAUUGAUUGGCCACGUUAGUAAAAACCUAAAGGCUGAAUCUUACCUCAGGCAUUUCUGUCCUUUAAACAAUGCAUUUUGUGGCUUUUUUCCCCCUUCCUGAAAUGUUAAGCUCUUCCAAUAUUUGUGUAAUUUAAAUUAUUUAGCCAUGGACCUUAGCCAUUCAUUAAAUGUUUUUUUUUAUUUUUUAUUAUUGUUAUUUUGUCAUGUUUUUUCAUAUGAUGUUCCAGUUCACUGCUUGCUGAAAGUUGUAGUUUAUAUUCAUCUACAGAGACUUUAUAAACGACUCAUGAUUUGUUCCUCCUACAAGGAUGUGCUGUACAACAUUAUGCAAGUUUUACAAAAAUGGAGGGUAAUUCAUGCAUUAUGAGGCUUUAUUAAGUCAUUUGUUGAUGUCUAUAUUCUAGUGCUUAAAAUGAUUCCAGUUUUUGUCACGUAAACUGAUAAAGGAGCAGUGAACUGACUUUUUUUUGGCCAGUUGUUUUGUUUUAGUUUUUUCUCUAUAGGCUGUGUGUCCCAUCUGAGCUGGCCUUCUCCAAUACCACACUUAGCUUUCGGCCAUGUACUUCUGCAACCUCUUUUUAUAGUUUUGUUUCUCUUUAUUUUGUUUUGCUUUUUCAUUUUUAUUGUACAAAGUCACAUAAUAAAACUGUGAUGAUGCCAUU